GCUAGCAUGUGGACAGAGUACUUGUUAGACAAGUAGCUCGUUUACGCCACGAACGUUAAACGUUGUCACUUUGCAGAGUUAGCUAUCAGAAAACAGCCAAGCAGCAGCAUGUCGGCCGACGGCGUGUUUAGGACCCGCUCUCUUGGUGUGGCCGCCGAGGGUCUUCCUGACCAGUACGCCGACGGCAAAGCAGCCAAAGUCUGGGAGUUGUACAUCGGAGACACGCAGAGUAGGACGCAGGAGUACAAAAGCUGGGUGGUGUCUUUGCUGAAAGAGCACGGUGUGCGGAGGGUGCUGGACGUAGCCUGCGGAACAGGAGUUGACUCCAUUAUGUUGGUGGAGGAGGGCUUUAAUAUGACAAGCGUGGAUGCCAGUGACAAAAUGCUCAAGUAUGCUCUGAAGUCAAGGUGGGAGAGGAGAAAAGAAACAGCUUUUGACCAGUGGGUGAUUGAAGAGGCCAACUGGUUGACGUUACCAGAGGAUAUUCAGAAACCAGGAGCUGGCUUCGAUGCUGUUAUCUGCCUCGGCAACUCAUUUGCCCACUUACCAGACUUUAAAGGGGACCAGAGUGACCAAAAGCUGGCCCUUCAGAACAUUGCCAGCAUGGUCAGACCAGGUGGGAUCCUCAUCAUCGACCACCGUAACUACGACUACAUCCUGGAAACCGGGCGGGCGCCACAAGGCAAAAAUAUCUAUUAUAAGAGUGAUCUAACUCAGGACAUCUCCACCUCGGUGCUGUGGGUCAACAACAAGCCUCAUAUGAUCACCCUGGACUACACCAUCCAGGUGCCCAAGGCUGCCAUCAACAAUCUUCCUGAAGUCAGUAAAUUUCGUCUGUCCUACUACCCUCACCGUCUGGAGAGCUUCAAAGGUUUACUGAACGACGCCUUCAACAGCAAAAUGGAGCACAGCGUCUACGGAGAUUUCAAGACAUACAUCCCAGGCCAGGCCCAGGCCCCGUGCUACUUCAUCCAUGUCUGUAAGAAGACAGCCUGAGAGUCCUACCGACCAACAAGCUGCACACACACACA